UUCGGAAAAAAAAUCAAACCGAGUACAAAAGCAAUCACAAAGCCAAGUACAAAGCCAAUAAUAAAAGCACAAGUUCGCGACUUCUCAGUGGAACCAUUGACUGCGGAAGCAGAUUAUCCCUCAGAUGCUUCAAAGCCAACUCCAGAAGUGAACCAAUUUUCAAAUGAGGCGAAAUCCGUGAUGUGGCGCUGGCUAGUUGACUUGUCUCAAGGUGGAAUAUGGCGUCUUCGAAGAGACUUUUAUAAGCUACGCAAGUUCACUCCACCUCAUCCUGAAUCGAAGAAAUUCUCCGCCAAUCUUAACUUAUGUCGCUAUAAAGAUGUUACGUGUUACGAUAAUACACGUGUAGUACUAAACUGGCCUGCAGAUUGCAAAAACGAUUUUAUACACGCAAAUUGGAUGAGACAUGAAUUGCUCAGCUGUGAUUUCAUUUGUACACAG